UAUAACUUGGAUCGCGACGAUUCUCAACAGCGCGCCUCGAUGCGGCGUCUAUAAGACUCGAGAUCGCUUGUCAACGCGCAAGCGAUUCACCCAACAGGACGUCCGCCAUGCCAAAUCUUCGUGGCACCCGUCAACGGCCGAGUCGCACGUCGAGUCCAUUCGUGCGGACAGCGAACACUUCUCCCGCGCCGCCAAGUGAAUCGAAAAGGGAACAAACGCAAAGUCGCCUGGAUGCUUGGGUAGAGCCGCCGCUGCGUAGCCCCGUUCCCAGUUUUCAGGACCAUGGCAUGGAACGGACGGCUAUCUUCCAGGACAUGGCUCCCCUAGGCACCAUGCCGCCCACCAGGUUGAAGAUAAAGAUGAAGGGAGACUCUAAGCCUGACAAAUCAGAUUCUCUGCCUGCGUCGGACGUUGCGACGGCUACACCUGAAGGAACGCCCCCGAUCGAGACCAAAACGUCAGAAACUGCAUCGCAGGAAGAGGCACAGACGAAGCAAAAGCAGGUCAAGAGAGAAAUUCCACCAGUGAAGGAGGAUAAUCUGGCAGACAAAGUUGUCAGUAACGGGCCGUUGACGACUCCGCACGUACGAUCUCCAGCGGUGCAAAAUGGGACACCUACUCCCGCACACUCCCGAAAAACAUCUACCAACACGAUUGCGUUGCCCUCACCACAGCGACCUAUUCCUAUAGCUUCACGAGCUUCGCGGGAUCAGAAAUUAGAAAAGGUUGUACGGAAGGCCAUCGAGAUGGCUAAGGCGUCAGGACAAGACAAACUUGCUGCUGUCAUCACGAUGUUCUACGAGGAGACAUUUUCCAACCCUUCACUUGCGGUGCUGUUCGACGCGGUCAUCACGAAAAGCGAGACAGAGGCACAGAAGAAACAAUUUGCUAUUGAGAUGAAACGCAUCCGCAAAGCCGUCAAGAAAGAGUCGCGUGAAUCUUCCAGGGCACGUACAAUGUCCAGCUCAGGACCCCCUUCAACUGCGGGCUAUUCAGGUCAAACCCCGAUAAUAGGCACAAUGGCCUCGCCUACAUCAGGACAACAACCAACAAUGGGCUAUUAUCCUUCAUCCCAGAUAAGUCAGAGAACGCCCUUCUCGCCGCAGCAAACGCAGCAGCCUCCUUUUUCUACCUUUCGGUCCGUAUUACAACCUUCACCCUUCUCACCAACCCAAAGCCAUCCAGGCUCCCCAACUCACCCCUCUAAUGCACCGAUGCCUUCAGAGCGACCUGGCAUAGCUUCUUCCCAGCAAACCCUUGAGCAUAGCGCGGCUGUUCUGACGCCUCAGCAAACUCGGCAAUCAUCUCAGUCACAAGCCCAGGUCCAAGCAAAAUCAACGCCUCAGCCAUCAACUACCACAGUGGUGAGCACUCGUCGAAGCACUCGAGCUGCCGGUGCAGAUGCAACGGCGACAUUGCUUCCUGUCACUGGCGCUUCUAUCGUCCAUCCUACAACACCUACUCCAGCGGAAGCACCUCCCACGAGCCAAGCUAUUGAAGUUGAAAAUGAGGAAACUACGACAGGCUCGGAUCGAGAUCUGAUGACCAAUGGCACCAAGAAGACGGACACAUCGGAAGGGAGCUUGACGUCGAACAUUCGAACAGCCACGAAGGAGACGACAAAGUCACCGAGAUCUGCUAAAGGUAGGCGACGCAGAUCUCCCUCCGUUGAGUCAGGAUCGUCCUUAUCUUCUGUCGACGAAGCUGUCGUCGAAAAAGGUAAUCCGACUGCCGUUUCGGCACUUCCCGCAGCCCAAGCUGAAUCGCUGCAACCUUCUCGUGCAGUAUCCCGCAGUGCGACACCACGGCCGGGUCCUGGCCCCAAGGCCAAAACCAAGAAGGGGUCGCAUCUUAAAAAUCUUGCAGGGACUAAGCGGGGUGCCUCGGAGACUCUGGCUCUCGAGGAGGUCGACGAGGAAACGCGCCUGCGCCGUGAGAAGGUGAAGGCGAAUCUUGAUCGUGACCUUCGUGAUCGCAAGGCAGAGGAGCCAAAUGAGCAGGAAUUCAGCUCCUUCCGUGACUCUGAAGAAUAUGCAAGCAGUCUUCCAGAUGGUCCUGGACUGCGCAGCCGAAGAACUACUCGUCGUCAGAGUGCUCCAGAUACGUCUCGUGUCAUCUCAACGCGAAAUUCAACGGCCGCAGCAACUCCUGAGGUGACUGGAGGUCGCCGUGCUCGUCAGUCGACGCAGAAUCAGCGACUAUCGGCCAUCGAUGUCGUAUCAACAGCCCCUCGUCUGGAAGUGCAUACUCCUUCAACACCUGAUCAUCCUGCUAGUGAUGCAGAAUCUAACGGCGACCCACCUCCAAAACGCAGGAGGACUGCUCGCACCAAGUACUCACCCGUCAAGCUUCCAAACGGCGUCGCUCCGAAGACGUUCGAGCCGGCCAGCAGAAGUUCUCCACUGCCAGACGGUGGUCGUGAAGGCAAGAAGCCGAACCGCGAUCAAUGCUUCUCUUGUGGCUGUGGCGGCGAUCUAAUAUGUUGCGAUAUGUGCCAGAACUCUUUCCAUGCCGAGUGCUGGGAUCCUCCUUGUAAGGAUGCCAACGACGAGCAGUUUCAGGGCUUCGAGUGGAUCUGUACGCACUGUCGGAUCUGGGAGAAGCGCAAAGACAAUGAGGAACGCGCGCGGAGAGGCGAACCGCUUGAACUUGACAGCAGCGACGAGGGCUCUGUGGCGACUAAGGGAAGCGACGUCCCUGAGACGCCACCGGAUUGGAAUCUGCUCGAUCGAGUGCCAAUCAAGGUUCCUCUCUUCGAACAGCUCACCAAAGGCUUCAAAGAGCUGUUGCCAGAGCAGUUUGGCCUCAAACCUGUUAUCCGCGAUGCAUAUGAUGGCUAUGUCGUGGAUUCAGAGCGUCGCUAUCGUCCUAUACAGAAGGCGCCCAUCAACGUUGAUUCGCGUUUACGACCAACAGAGGCUAUCUUCGAUGACGGCAAGCAUAUCAAGGAUCCCAAGGACAUGAAGCAGUGCGUCUACUGUGGUCUCUCUGCUGUUAGCAAGAAGGGGGACUUAAUCAAAUGCGAUACAUGCGGCGACUUUUGGCAUCUCGAUUGUCUCCCCAGCCCAACCACGGCCCCGCCACAGACAUGGUCUGCUGUGGAGAAGCGCGGCAACCGUAUGACGGAUGUCUACAAGAAGCGCUACUGGGAGUGCCCUCGCCACGUUGAGCAGGACAUGAUUCUACUUUCCGAUCCAACGACGUAUUCAGGCGAUCUGAAUAACGUGCGUGGUAUUAAGGUCCGACUUCCAAGGAGGCAAGUUGCUCAAGUAGCCGCAAUCAGGGAACAAGCCAAGGCUUCGCGGUCGCAGACUGUUCGCGAGGCGCCCGACGACGUCAUGCUCGUUAAUAUCGAGGUUGACGAUUCUUGGUGGGAGAAGUAUGAUGCUCGCAGGAAUGAGAUGAAAGAGACAGAGAACAACAGCUACACCAUCCAUGAGAACAACGUACUAGCGGACUUCGCAGCAAAGGCUCGCAAUAACCGCCUCGUUCUCUCUCAGAGCAAUGAUGAGCUCAUUGACGCUCUUGUGCCAAAUACAUAUCAGCGGGACCAACUCAAGAAACUGUGGCAUGAUCGUCAGCAGUCGGAGAUCGAGAUUAAGGUUCAAAAGGAAGUCGAAGCGACAAUGACCCUAGCCGGCCUCCGUCAGCAAGCACAGGGCAUCAACGUUAACGACCUUUUGGCCCCAACUUCCGAUGAAGAGGCCGUCUCUCGUCUCGUCGGGUUCAUGACACAUGAGCAGAUCAAGCAAAUGCAAUUGAUGCUUGAUGCUGUCAGUAAGCGAAUACGCGAACAUCCCGAGCUUGCCUCUGCUGAACGUUGUGCUGAGCUCGAUGGAGAUAUGGAUGCCAUUCUUGCUGGUGGUACCGCUAGGCAUAUAGAUAGCGUCACUGCCGCGACCUCGACUGUUCCUGUGGAUAGUAAUGACGGAGAUGAAGAACCGAGCGCCAAGCGUCGCAAGACUCAUGGUGAGCUCGCAGACAAGGCCAUGGGCGAAGACAACAGGCAUGUGUAUAGAUAAAGGGCAUCCAAAACUAGCAGUACGACACUUAAUAACCAUGUGAACGCAACUACAACGGCACUUACCAACUUCGAUACAAUAGGAGGGACCAGCGCAAAGGGUGCACAUGACUGGCUCACGAGCAAAUGCAAAAUUAAUGCAUGUACAUGGGCAAACCUUUGAAUUCAGCAUGGGGAAUUUGUGAUUAGUAUCUGAAGAGUUUACAUAUUUUUUAUGUCUGCUCACAUUGCGUUACCAGUGGUAUGUAUGAUGCAGGAGAGAAGGACUACGUGACAACACGGAGGGAACAGCAUUGCAACUGGGGAUUUUUUUUUAUUUGGUCAUGGCGUGGCACUAUUGCGUUUGGAAUGGUGUCCGCGAGUAGUUUUCCGUGCUAUUCAAAACAUUGGCAUGGAUCGAGGCUUAAUAGCGGCACCGAUUCGAUACCGCGAUCAUAUGCGUAUUUCCUCCAGAGCAGCUCUGUAAUGAAUGUAUU